GUCGCCCUCCUCGGACACCUCUGAUGCGCCGAUCGACCCCAAGGCCGAGCGUAGACUGCUGUUAAAGCUCGACCUGUUCCUCUUUCCGGUUUUCUUCGUCAUCUACACGAUGGCCUUCUUGGACCGCAUCAAUAUCAGCAAUGCCUCGAUCCAGGGCAUGACGGCGGAGCUGCACCUCGACGAGGGCAACCGGUUCAAUGUCGCUCUGUUUGCCUACUACUCCUCCUACAUCCUGCUUGAGAUACCUUCCAACAUGAUCAUCCGGAAGGUCCGCCCGUCGCUCUACAUCUCGGGUCUCAUGUUCAUCUGGGGCAUCAUCAACAUGUGCAUGGGCUUCGUGCACUCGUACGCGGCGCUGGUCGCGCUGCGCGUGCUGCUGGGCGCCUUCGAGGCCGGCGUGCUGCCCGGCAUCGUCUACGUCUCGUCGCUGUACUACAAGCGCCACGAGUACCAGAAGCGCAUGUCCUUCUUCUUCUGCAGCACCGUCGUGGCCGGCGCCUUCGGCGGCCUGCUCGCCUACGCCAUCGCCAACCUUGGCACACCCACCAUGGCCCCUUGGCGCUGGAUCUUCAUCAUCGAGGGCGCCAUCACGUCCUUCCUCGCCCUCGUGGCCGCCUUCAUCAUCGCCGACUGGCCCGAGCAGACGCGCUACCUCAGCGCCGACGAGAAGGCGCUGCUCCGCCGGCGCCUGGCCGCCGACGUCGGCGACGCGUGCCGCAUGGACACGCUCAACGCGUUCGCGCUCGCGCGCAUCGUGCGCGACUACAAGAUCUGGCUGGCCGCCUUCCUGUACAUGGGCGUCUCGGUCGCCGGCCUGUCCGGCACCUUCUUCCUGCCGACGAUCCUGCUCGAGUUCGACUGGAAGGCGCAGGAGGCGCAGGUGCGCACCAUCCCCGUGUACGUGCUCGCGGCCGGCAUGAUGGUGCUCGGCGCGUGGGCGUCGGACCGGCUGCGCCACCGGUCCGGCUUCAUCCUCGGCGGCGCCGCGCUCGCCACCGUCGGCUACGCCAUGCUGCUCGCCCAGGAGGGCAAGUCGCGCGACUACAAGUUCGCCGCCGUCUUCCUCGUCUUCGGCGGCGCCUACAUGAUCACCCCCAUGUGCCUCGCCUGGCUGCAGAACAACGUGUCCGGCCACUGGAAGCGGGCGUUCGCCGCGUCUGCGCAGGUCACCAUCGGCAACGUCGCCGGCAUCAUCGGCGCCUUCAUCUUCAUCAAGUCGGAGGCGCCGACCUACAAGACGGGCUACGGCGUCGCCCUCGGCAUGAUGUGGCUUGGCGGGCUGUGCACGGUGGUCAUGGCCGGCCUCAUGUGGAGGGAGAACCGCAAGCGGGAGCGUGGUGAGCGCGAUUACCGGCUGGCGCUGCCGGAGGAGGACAGGAACAAUAUGGGUGACUGGCAUCCGAGCUUCAGGUUCACCCUGUGAAGCCGACGGUUUGAUGGUCGCCAUGUCCAUGGCCGACGGCUACGCCCGGCUGACCGGCAAGCCGCAGUGCGUCAUCGUGCACGUCGACGUGGGCACGCAGGCGCUGGGGGUCGCCGUGCACAACGC